AUGCUACAACCACCGUCAACCUUCUCUUCCUCCUCCUCCUCCUCCUCACGUAACCCAUCACCAACGACGACAGGGACAACUACAACUACAACAACCCAAACGCCAUCCUUUCCCCCGAACCAGCUCAGUCUAAUUCCAGAUAUCAACUCCAUACUCACCGCCAUCCAACAACAACAACAACAACAAUCACACCCACAUGACCAACAUGGUCAGGACUGGGAGUGGGACUGGCGAGAAAUGCCCGGCGUGGCGGAGUGGUUGGAGGUUGACGGGACGUAUCAGGAUACGGUGUGGGGAUUCCUGAAGCCCUAUGUGGAGGCUGCGAGGAAGGAGAUUAUCGGGCGGAAGGAGGAUGGCGGCGGCGGUGGGGCGGUGGAGGAUGGGCCAGCGGUGAAGAGGCUGGGGAUGGUUAUGGGAUAUUUGAGGGCGAGGCUUUAG